UUAUCUUAAUUACCCCACCCCACCCCCCCAACACCUCUCUAUAUAUACUCUCGAUAAUAUCCAUCGUCUCAUCGGAUCAAAGCAUACACAAAACCAUGGCAGAAACGAAAGUCACAACGAUGGUGAUUAAGGUGGUUGACCUUGGAUGCGAAAAAUGCCACAAGAAAAUCAAGAGAGUACUGUGUGAUAUCCCUCAAAUCCAGAACCAGACAUAUGACAAGAAGGAAAACACGGUGACAAUCACUGUGGUGUGUUGCUGUCCUGAAAAGAUCAAGAAAAAAAUAUACAGCAAAGGAGGUCCAACUGUCAAGUGCGUUGAGAUCAAGCCGCCACCAGCGAAGAAUUCUAAAACAGAUCCAGAACCAAAAAAAAAACCAGAACCAAAACAAAAACCAGAACCAAAACCAAAACCAUGCACAUGUUGUGAAAAGUCUUGUAGUUGCCGAAGUAGGGGUUACUAUGUGUGCAGAAGUGCAUAUGUUUGUGAAGAGUACUAUCCCUCGGCGCCAUGCACAAUCAUGUAAAGGGAAAUCAAGUUCAGAAGACCGAUGGUUUGAGUCAACGUCCGGAAUCAACCGUUGGAUUCAAAUCCAGUGGUCAUGAUGGGCCUUCGUGUUGUUGUGUUCAUAAUAUCAUUCCUUUUGUGCUGCUGCUGUUGUUUUGACCUCUUUCAUCCAGAUGAUGCACGACUUUGUGCCUAGCUAGUAUUUCAAGUCAAUGGUCACAGUUUUUCCAUUGUUAAAUGGCUUGUUACCUGUUUGGUCAGCAAAUAUGGGAGGCUUGACUACCUAGUCUUUGUUUUUUAUGCUCUCUUAUCUUUGUAUAGUCCCUUCGCAUGUUUUCUUCCAAAGUGCUAUUAUUUGUUUC